CCUUUGCCCCACUGCCGGGCGAAUUUGUUCCCCUCGGCUGGGAGGAUGCGGGGAGGCUUCUGCCUUGGCCUUGCCCUCCUGCAGGUGGGGCUGGGGGCCAGCUGGGGGCUCCGGGCAGAGCACAGUACUGGCAACCGGUCAGCAGGACUGGAUCACCACCCUCCCAGCCCUGCAACCUGGACCACACACCUCACUGUGCCAGCAGCCAGUGGGGGCAAUGCAGAUGCCGCAAAAGAGCCGCUGGAACCCCCCACGUGUAGGGGAGAGGAGGACUGCCCCCCCUGGAGCAGGUGUGAGGACCACACUGGCCGCCGCUCCUGCCGCUGUGGGCUGGGCUACCAUCUCAGCCCCGCCCUGGGCUGUGUGCCAGUCCGGGCCUUUCCUGGCCUGCUGGUGCUUCAGGACUUGGGAAGCCCCGGCCAGGUCUUGCUGGGCAUUACAACCCCGGAGGAGUCGCAGCUGUCCUGGGUCAUCGCCAGCCAGGUCCAAAACUUGUUCCAGCACAUCCUGAGGCACCUUGAUGGUUACCUGGGCUCAUCCACCCGAGACCUGAAGUGGUCGAGUGGGGAAGUGAUCAUCUUGCACCACUUCUCAGCUUGGGUGCCCGUCACGGCCCAGCAGGUGAAAGAGGCCAUCUCUGCGUUUCAGAGGCAGUGCCACAAUGGCAGCCACGUGGGCACCCCAGCCUGUGCUCUCCUGCGCCGGAUGGGCACCUACCAGAGCCUGAGUCUCUGCCAGUUUGACAUCUGUGACUCCAUGUCCACCACCUGCUCCUUCCAAGAUGGCCUCGUACAAUGUGCCUGCCGGCCUGGCUAUCUCCACGCACACCCCACAGAUCGCACCUGCACAGCAUGUGACAGUGGAUUCUGGCUACAGAACAGCACCUGUGCCAGGUGUCCGUUUGGCUUCAGUGGGGCUGGCUGUCAGGAGCCCUUCCUGCUGGCUUUGGUGGUCGUCUCCUGCGUGGCCGGCCUCCUCCUCCUCCUCCUCCUCCUCCUCACCACUGUGUCUCUUUCAGGAAGAGCGCGAGCCCCCGAGGAGAGCCUGCAGGGGAACCCGGAGCCCCCGCACCUUCCUCUGAGCGCCUCGACCUGGAGCCUGCCUCGCGUGCGGCCCCCUUGGACUGCGGGAGAGGGAGAGCUGGGCCGCCGCCCCCCCUUGACCCUCUGGAGCUCGGACGUGGGACAACGGCCAGCAGACACCCCCAGGAUGAACACGUUCCUGGGCUCCCCACCCUCUUCCCCACAGCCGCUUGGAGGGUGUAGCAACCUUGUCUUUGUCAGUGAUGCAGAGGAGUGGGGCAGGAGAAGCUAUUUCUGAAGAAGAUGGGAUCCUGCCUUGCCCACUGGGGCUCACUCAGGACCUUUGGUUACAUUGGGGGGGGGGAGAGCAAAGCCAGGAUCACCUCUGUCUCCCUGGCCCCUUCCCUCCACUUUCCCAUGUGGGAAUGACUUCUGCCACAAUCUGUGGGGUAUUGAGAGCAGUGUGGUUCUUCCUGUGGGAAAUCUAGGGGGUUGGCAUUGGGGGGAGGGGGCAGACUGGCCCAGGGGUGCCACCUGCAUGGGCAGUUUGUUGAUGCUCAGUGCGCUUCAAGCCUGUGGAGUUUUCAGGCUCCCAAACCUGAGUCUAGCGGAGAAGCAGCAGUCGGGGGGGGGGGGGUUUCAAGAGUUUUCUAUUUCCUCGCAUCAUGGCUGCCAUUCCUGUUCUUGGCAGAGGCAUCCCACUUUGCUCCCCAACGCAGAAAAUCUAAAAAGUGUUGUUGUUGCUCCCACCACCUCACUGGUAGAAAUACUAUCUUUUCAUUAGAGCCAAGAGUUUCCUUUUUUUUUUACACUGUGAUUGCAUUCUGAGGUGCACUAGAAUCCCCCCAUUCUGCCUCUAAGCCAGGGCCCUGGAAGUGCAGUUGUGAGAUGAUGUUCUGGGGCUUUAGGGCAAGGUGGUGCUUGCAUCCUCAAGGCCCCCCUCGGUCCCCUUUGCAGAGAGACAGGCAGGCUGGCAGGGAGGAGAGUCUUGUGUAGUUCCUGCAGCCAAGGGUUGCAUUUGUGAACCCAGCCAGGGGUUGAAGUGGGAGUCAGUCACGCCUCUAAGAAGUUACAAAACCCAAGAUCCAAAGUCCAAAUACCAGGUCCUUGACCUUCGCCGUCUGUUAUGGGUAUUUGCCAAUCCCAUCUCCUGUGAAUCUGCACUGAUAGCUCCUUUAAGGUGCCCUGGGAUGCUCACCUGAUAAGAGAGUGGCGUGUUUUUAAAAUGGAAAUGGACUGCCUUCAAGUCGAUCCUGAUUUAUGGCAACCCUAUGAGCAGGGUUUUCAUGGCAAGUGGUGUUCAGAGGGGGUUCACCAUUGCCUCCCUCUGAGGCUGAGAGGCAGUGACUGGCCCAAGGUCACCCAGGGAGCUUCAUGGCUGUGUGGGGAUUCGAACCCUAGUCUCCCAGGUCGUAGUCCAGCACUCUAAACCACUACAAUGCAGCUGUUUUCAGGCUUUCUACUUUCUACAAGGUUCUGGUUGCUGAGGGCCAUCUGGAUGUUGGCAGAGGAGCUGGGCCAAGCUCAAAGCUGAAGGUUGAAGGGCCUUCCUCACUAUAUGCAUAGCUGCAUUUUUCUUGCCCUGGGCAGUUUGUUUUUGAUGUGUGAUUUCCCCCCAAAAAACAAAAGCAGCCUUUGAACCUGCAGUUGAAAAUGAUGGGGGGGGGGUCCUUAACCUUUUCCUGUUUGUCCACUUAAAUUACCCCCUAAACUGUGUGAUCUUGAGUGGAUAAAUGGCAGGAGAGAGGAACCUAACCAGUCCUUGCACUUAUGCGCACACGCAUGCGUGCACACACAAACACCUACCUACCUACCUCUCUUCACUGUCAGGCUCUGAGGCUGUCUUUCCUUAGAAAAGAAACACGCACCAACUCACUGUAGCAAAAAAUGUGCAACUGCAUGUACCACAUGGAUCUUAGUCCUUGGGUUGCACAGAUGUCACCCAGGGCCUUGGGCUUGAACUCUCAUCCAACAUGAGGUGCAUUUAGAAGACCCCCAGUGUGUAAGGGGAGACUAGCGGGGGCUGUUUUUUGUCUCUGGGUACACUGGAACCUAAAGAAUUGCUGGGCAUUUUUAAUUGAAAGUCCCUUUGUCAUUUAUUCUUAUGUUCUUGCACUGCAGAAUAUUUUAGAUAAUUAUUUCUAUAAAAUAGUAGGCAUAAAUAAAAUGUUUGGUUUGUCAGUGUGUGAAAAACACA